CCUGCGCCCAACACCGGGCCUCUGAAAAACGCACUUCUCCCACAAACUCUACCACACCACAAACAAAACAAAAACAAACAUCACAAACAAGAAUCGACAAAAAGAAAAAAGAAAUAAAACCAGUCCCAUCUCGAAACGACCCGUCUCAUCUCAGCAGCGACAUCCCCAUCUUCACUUAGGUCUUCACUUACACGAAACACGUGACUCGACCAGGGAGGCCCAACUUCGGUCACUCUCAAUCCGAACUCCGAAAUUUUGGCCGCCAAUCAACUAAACCCAAUAACGGUCAACUACUCUCGCGCCGAGAUGGCGGGCAUAAUCAGAGUGCCUCAAAUCAGCCAGGCUGAUAUGGCUGCAUUUCAUGAAGCGCACUUCUCGCAGCUUGCGACAGAUCACUUCCAAACCCACUUCCUCCGACCUGAGCAUCCGCCAGCAGAAAGCACUACCCAUAAUGCGGCCGAUGACGAAGAAUACUACGAAGAGGAGGAGGAUGAACUCGGCUACUAUCCCGACGGCGUCAAGCGAACCCUCACCGACGAACAAAUCGCCAUUUUCAGACACUCAGAGCUCGAAGCUCUCCGUCGCGCAAGAGAAUCUUCUAACAUCAAGGAAACCACAACUACAAUUUCCGAGGAAGAUGCGGCGCAUAACUUGUCUGAAGGCGAAGUCUCAUCUUCGACGCCGUCCGCCACCGCAAAGAAAUCCAAAAAGCGGAAGCGCGGCAAGACCAAGAACAAAAAGAAGAACGCCCCCAUGGGUGAGCCGAUUGAUCUGCGCAAGCGCACCUGGGACGUGGUAGACAAGGGCCUGGCCACUCUCGACUACGACGACGAAAACAACGAGUCCGUCGAGACCAGCGCGAUCCAGCGACGUCGCAUCUCUUACGACGACUGAGGACAACGGAGGGCAUCCAUCACAAUGACA